AUGCUGGAGGUUUCUCUGCAGCUCCUGUUGCUCUGGGGAGUUCAGCUCCCCUGCGAUGAGGACGGCCCCGCAGACGUCAAGCCUUGGGCAUCGCCCGCCCCGGCCGCUCGUUACUUCCCCGCGGGGCUCAGGUUUCGCCUUCUCGCUCCAGUGACGCUGCCUGUCCUGACAGGUGCCGGCAGAGCCAUGGCCGCACGCCGGGGUCACCGCCCGUGUGGACAUGCUAACGUAGGGGGCAGGCACCUUGCUAAUCCCCAGGCCCGUGCCCAGCCGCCGUGUCCCGGCGCGACACCCACCCCGACCACGGACUCGACCCCAGAGAUGAAGAGGAAUAGAUUCCCCAGCAUGAAUUUUGAAGCAGAGAUUCUGACAGCUGCACAUGAUAAUUCAGAGCUGUAUGUGAUCCCUUCCAUGAGAAGUCUCACAGCUGAGGAGUAUGUAGAAGCCUUUAAGUCGUUUUUGGAUCAUUCAACAGAGCACCAGUGCAUGGAUGAGUUCAACAAGGAAGAAAUGCACAACAUCAUGGCUAGUCUUGGAAAUGGAAAAUCGACCAUCAAUGUUCUGGGAGUUGGAAGCGGCACAGGUGAGCAGGAUUUGAAAAUGAUCAGGAUACUGCAGGCUGCACACCCAGGGGUCCCUAUUGACAAUGAAAUUGUAGAGCCCAACCCACAGCACGUGGCAGCUUACAAAGAGUUGGUGAAUCAAGCUCCAGACCUCCAGAAUGUCUCUUUUAUUUGGCACCAGAUGACUUCCUCCAAGUAUGAACAGCAGGUGAAAGAGAAAGGCACACAUAAGAAGUUUGACUUCAUCCAUAUGAUCCAGAUGCUGUACCGUGUGGAGGAUAUACCAAAUACUAUCAAGUUUUUCCACAGCUGCCUCGACCAUCAUGGUAAACUCCUGAUCAUAAUUUUGUCAGACAGUAGCGGAUGGGCCAGCUUAUGGAAGAAGUACAGACACUGCUUGCCUUCCACUGACAAUGGCCACUACAUCACCUCCAACGGCAUCACAGAGAUUUUAAAGAGACUGGGUAUUGAAUAUCGUGCUUACGAGUUCCCAUCGGGAUGGGAUAUCACCGAGUGCUUUAUUGAGGGGGACCCAGUUGGAAGCCUCAUGAUGGAUUUCCUGACAGGGACAAAAAACUUCCUCAGCACAGCCCCACCAGGACUGCGGCAGCAGCUGCAGGAGGCUCUCUGCCAGCCUGAGUGCAGCAGCAAAAAGGAUGGGAGGAUCAUCUUCAGCAACAACUUGAGUAUGAUUGUGGUUGAAUCCUAGAGUUCGGACCAACUGCACCAGAAAAGCUGGGGUAGGUAUGGAGCUGAUGCAGUCAUAGAGGCGUGUAGCUUUGAAAGAAGGAAACUGGCAGGCAACAAAGUGGAGUUCAGCUGCAACCUCCCAUGCCCAGCCAACAUCAGCAGAGACACAGGGGAUGAGCCCUUUGUACUACUGAUGUCAGGGCCAAGAUUCUGAAAUCUGGCUACUUAGUCUGGCCCUUGUAGAACAUUUUCUAGAAAGUAAAGAGCUCCAUCUCACUAAAAGCCUAAAUGGACUUGGUUUUUUUAACAGUAUGCAUCCUGUCUCUGAUUUGACACAGGGAUUUCCACUUUUCUAUACAUACCUAAAGAUGUGUCUGUAUGACCAGGCACUGCUUUGCAGCCAGGAGGAGGCUGCAGCCCCUGUGCUGGCUGCAUACAGACCCCGUUGCUUCCAGGACAAACCAACAAGGUGUCCCUGCUGCUUUGCACCCCAGUAAUGUGCCUCACUGGACCCAACCCUGAGCUGUAAGUUGCUCUAUGCUAGAAUAUUUCACGUGUUUUUAUCAACGUAGACAGUUACCCAAGCAUCUCAGCAUCUCGCAAUAUACUAGCAGUAGCAGCUUAGUAGUAGUGGUGGAAGUGUGAGCUUUGGUGAGCACUGAGACUUGGUGAUCUCAAAGGUCUUUACAACCUCAACAGUUCUAUGAUUCUUUUACUGCAAAAUGAUCUGUCAGCUGCUUCCAAAAUCAGGCUAGAAAUCAUAUCAGAGUGUAUUUGCUGUUAAAAAUUCAUUUGGUUUUUCAACAGAGAAACAAAUCUGAGCAUGCAAAGGGAAGUUCAGGUUUUUGUAGUUAAGGGCUGUCUCCCUUCCCAGGAGAGUUGUGUUUUGCAUGGGGCCCUGCCACAGGCUUCCCCAGUCUGGCCAUCAUCACUUCAUCUUGCUGGGGCCCAAUUUUCCAUCUUUAAAAAUCUUCCUUUCCUUGAAGGUAGGUCAUGAGGCUAGAUCGAUUACUGUUACUGAGAGGCUUUAUUAGCAAAGUGCUAAUUGUCAUGCUGAUACAAUAGUAAUAAUAAAUAACU